AAAAUGGAGGUAAUUGAAGAUGGAAAUAUUAUGGAUCGUAUCCCUAUAUUGUUACAAAGAGAUUUGGAAUAUUAUCAGAAAAAUCAGACAGUAUUAUCAGAAACCGUUUGCCCAGGAGUGGUGGGUGGAAGAUUGGACUUUCCAAGGAAUGCUUCGUUUGCGGCGGUGAAGAUAGUCAUCUGGCUAGAAGAGGAGUUUUCUAUAGCCUUCCAGCAUGCAUCUGGUAUGUUCGUUGUUACCGAGGAUGACGAAAAAGGCGAGGGUGGAGUGGCAAAGACAUCAGAUCCCGACAAGUUUGUUCAGCUCGCCAUCAAAUCCAGUGACUUAUUAUUAGAACAUCUGCAUAUGCUGGUGCAAGAGGCGUUAGACCACGCCGACCUUCCUGUACUAACAGCCACAUUAGGAGCAGCGGCCUUACUUAAGAAUAGUCUGUAUUGCUAUUUACAACAUGUCGAGGAUAUGGGUAGCGCCGAGCGAUUAUCUUCUUUACAGGCCUGUUACAAACGCUAUGUGACAAUGUCUGAAGCGGUGGCCGAGCGAGUACUGGAUUUACACAACCGGGUGCUGUCUCUAUACAUCUUGCAAGACUCUGGCGGGCGGCCUAUCGACGGUAACACGAAGACCGUCCACCAAGCUGGCACACCAUCUGUUCAGGGCUGGUGGCUUUAUAUGAAUGGGAGCAGAAAAGAUUUAUGGGACACAGUGCCGCCAAGGAUGGCACAGAGAAUUUUCGCAGGCAUGCUCAACGAAACACUUACAAUACUGACCGUCAGAUACUGUCAGACAAACACAACAGAAUCGACAACACAACUUCUAUUAAACGACAUUCUAAACAUUCUGCUAUGUGUUGCCCAACUACUGCCGUCGAUAUGCACCAACGGUUCGGACUUGGCCGGCUUGGAGGUGAAACAACAGACGAGAGACGUAAGGGAUGUCCACGCUAAAUGCAAUGAGCUAUUCAAAUGCUUGGUGUACAGAGGAGCUGAACUGCACUUUAUACAUCAGGUAUUCAAAGAUCCGGAAACAAGUGAAUCUAUAAAAAACAGUCCGUUCCCGUGGUAUACAUUCGUCAGUCCGAAUCUCUUCGAGAAUUAUCUGGGUGACGUCAGACUAUGUACGCCAGAACUUCCAAACAAGUCUGCUAUAGGAUUGGAACUGUUGGUACUGUUGGCACAACCUCAACCAUCGUGGUCUCUAGUGGUCAAGGCACUAAUGAUGCGUCAAUGCUACUUAUCCCGCAUGUUACUAAUAUACGCUGUAAGGCAUAGUUCGGUUGACAAUUCUCGGUGGCCGGCUAGCGGCCUCUGGUACAGCGUUGAUGGUAGGCAGAGAAAAUGCAAAGGUUUUCUCUGCACAGCCGAUGGGUUUUGUAAAUUUAAACAGGACAGUAACGCUGGAGAAGAAUUUGCAAGAGCCGUUGGAGCAUUAUCCUAUAUUUUAGCGUCUGUAGGCAGUAAAUCAGAAUUGAAGUCCACACUUUGCUACGCACUGGAAAUCUCUGGGCGAGAUUGGGCCGCAUGUUUGGAUAAACGACAGGUGUGGUGCGAUAGACGACCGCCAUGGCUUGCUGCUAUAUUGUCAUUAGUUGGAUCAGUUCUUCGGUUCCUGCCGGGUAUAUUAGUGAAUGCUGUACAGAGCGGGGCCUCUAUGUAUCAGACGAUGUCUCUCUGUUUGACGUGCAUAUUAAGAUCCCUAGACUGUGUUCCCCGAACAUUUGUGAAUGCCUGCUCCAUAUUAGAAAAGACUUUGCCCUCUUAUGUCAACCCAGUGGGAGGGAGUGUGUUGUUACAGAUGCUCAUAAUUGUAACCUACGAGGAAAUGCAGAAUUGGGCGAAGGCUGAAGGAAUUAAAGAAAAGGCUGCUACAUCUGCUGCUAAUGGACAACCGCAUACAAUGGGCACUGGAUCUAACAAAGUUAAGAAACAUGUUAGAAUUGUCAGUUUAGGGAAUACAACUACAUCUAGCUCUGUAAGUUUCGACGGAUCUCAUAGUUCACCAUCGUCGAUAGCUCUUGCUGUAGCUGAAGCACUAUGCUCCAUAGACGAAGAUGAUAAGCAUACGCAAGAGAUAGAACAACUAAUCGCCCAGUCUAAGAAGACCUUCACAAUAUCCAAUCAGUUCGGUUUAGAGGACUUCCCUGAGUUUGCAGAGCUGUUUGAAGAGGGUGAUGUACCUGGAUCGAAUGUAGAACGUUCGAGCGAUGCAGCAGCACUGACUAGUCAAAUACUGAUGACGUCGCCUGGUAGAGACAGUCUCAGAGUAAUCUACAAUCAUCUACAAUUGCAUUGUGAAAGAAUAUACAAGGAGUUGAGCAUACAAGAAGCCAGUGAAGAAGAUAUUGAAGUGUCAAUGAGCAAUGCGCCGUUGCUCUACAUCAUGUUCCAUAUUGGACGGAGACCAUUUGAUCAGUUUCUUCGCGGAGAGUGGCCGAUGCCGUGGAGCAAGCUCGUCGCUGUUGCUAAGUCGUGGUCGGGUAUUGAAGGUGCCCGCGUCCACAUCAACAGACGAACAGACAUACGCAACGUGAAAUCUCAUGGCAAAUCUAAUAAGCAGCUUAUAGAAUUGUAUGGUUUAUUUAAAUCGCCGGUGAAAGGCGUUUUGUAA